UACAUACAUAGUGGCAUAUUUAUGAAGUGUGGCAGGACGGUGUACGGAAUACGAAAUUACAGAUGCAGGCGAGUAGUAUUAAGUAUAUCAUAUUUCGGGCCACAUUUUAUUGCGUUGGGCGUCGUUCGUAAAUUACGUAACGCAAAAUUCCGGAUUUUUUACACCCCCCCUCCCCCCGUGUCAGGGUGGAGUAACGCAAACGGGGAACCCCCCACCCCCCCCUCGUAACGUAACCGAAAUCUCAAAAUUCCCCAAUAGCCCAAAGAUGCUGCCCGCAACUUAAAAAUUCAGUUUUUCUGUCAUUAUAUUUUCAGGCUAUAAUUUUCUUGUCAACAUUUUCAACACUGGGAGAAUAAAUCCACAAACUCUGUACUAAUAAUAAAUUAGUUGUAAAAUAUUGCUCUGAGGAGAUGGAGCAGUUGUGUUGGCGAUGUGGGGAUCCCACUCAUCAUGCCAGGGACUGUAAAUCGAUGGGCGUGGACCCUAACCUUAAACGGGAAAUUCAAAGAUUUCGAAAAGCCUCAAAUCCACCCAACACCCAGAAAAUGUCAUUGCAACACAAAUUAAACUUGAUGCGAACAAGUGCCCAGCAGCAAUUGCCACUGCUUUAUGUGAUUCAGAAAGAAAUCAAUCGGCUCCUCGAAGUCUACCUAGACAUGCAUUUUCAGAAUACAUAUUCCCAUGCUAUCGACGUCGAUAGAGCGGCUGAAGAGAUUCAAGAUCUACUUGUUGCGAGAAAUAAUAUUUCUCGUGAUUGCGAUGUGGUUCGAGAACUUGGGUGGAUUGCAAAAAGAUUCAAAUCCACGUUCCCGGAAGAUGAAGAAAUUAAUAUUUUAUUGUACCGCUGGGAAGAUCUCAACGAGUUUCGAAGAAAUGUUUCCGAUUCGACUUACAUAGCACUCAAUAAUCGAAAAAUUGGACUAGGUAUUUUCGGGAAUAUUAAUAAAAUUAGAGAAGAAUUACUUCAGUGGUUGGAUGAGGCCGCCGCAAGUUUCAAUGGACGUCCAUUGCCAUUGUUGGAAGCCAAGAAAGAAUGCAAAAAAGAAAUGAGCGGAUUAUCGGAUAUGGUGGCAAAAUAUGGAUACUUGUUCUCAGCGGCCGACCUUCACACCUUGCAAAGUAAUGUUGAAGGACUUGAGAAGCGUUGGACCUCGGUCAUGAAAAUUUACAAAAGCGAGCGGGAGCAGAUGAAAUUAAAAGUGGCGUGUUCCCUUUGCGAAGACGAUCCGAAGGCUUGGGUACUUAAAUGUGGCCACGCAUUUUGUAAUAAAUGCAUGAGCAGCUUGUUAACCACUCGUACUACACGCUCUCUACCAUUCCGAGAUCCGCACACUUUGUUGAUGACCACGAUGGACAUCCAGUUGCCGAAAAAUUGUCCAUUUUGUCGCGGUCCAUUAAGUGGAAGGAUCAAACUUUUUCUUUAAAGUGGUCAUUGGACGUCCAAAAAUUGUAAAAAAAAUUUGUAGUUUCUAGUCAAGUUUUGACUGUUUUAAACUUUUGGCAAGAAUUGUUACAUUAUUCAUUUAUUAAACUCAAAUAAAUAAAUAAACACCA